UCGGCUUCAAUUACCUCUUCUCCGGGGCUCUUUGUGGUCACGAGAUUCUCUUUUCCCACCUUCCCGUCUUACUCCCCACCGCUUUGCACCUGACAAACGCAUAAGCCUCAAGCCCUCCCACCUCUUUUUGUCCCUCUUCCCCUUUCGUCUUGCCGGAGUUCCAGGAGGAAAUCUUCCUUCAGACUUGCCUCAUCCACACAAAAAUACGAGCUCCAAGGGAAGAGAGGAGGGAAGUAAAAGGGAGUGUACAAGGAGAUGAAACCGAUCGAUUCUGGAAAUGGCGCACCAGUGCCUUCCACUGGGCAGCAGCGGAGACCGGAGAAAUCCUCGCUCUGAAACAUCGAUGACUUGCUUGAUUCUACUGCUUCUCUCGUCUUUCCUUCUUGUAUCAGGUGGGAGUGAGGAUAUACAUUGAAGAUCUCCAAUCAAAGAUGUGGCCCCAACUGAAGAAGAGGAACAUGGCAGCGGCUACAGGUUCCCCUUCGUCCGGAAGCGCGGUGACGCUUAUCCUCCUUCUCCUCCUCGUCGGUGGUGCUUUUAUUCCCGGCCGAUGGAUCCGCGACACCUCAACAAUGCGCGAGACAAGUCCCAUCAUCAUGGCUCAAAACCUCAUCAUCAACCCCAUUGUUGAUCAUCAACCCCCUCCACGCCCAUCUCAAUCUCUCCCCACCAUUCCAAAAGCAGAACAGGCGCCUGCAGCCACAACGAAUCAGACUACAAUGAACCAAGCAAAUCCCAUUGUUGACCUUCGAGCUCCGCCACUGCAACCUCUUCUUCCCUCAAUUCCAGAACCACAACAAGCACCAGCAGCCAUAGUGCCUCCUUUUGCAUGUCCCACCGGAAACCAAACAGGAAACGAAAUCUGCCGAUCUGCAAAUCCAACAUUGCCAAUCCCUGCCCCGACUCUGUCCCUUCCACAUUCUUCGUCCUGCCCAGACUACUUCCGCUGGAUCCACGAAGAUCUCCGCCCUUGGAAGUCCACUGGAAUAACCAGGAAGAUGGUGGAAAGAGCCCGAAGAACUGCCAAUUUCCGGCUCGUCGUCCUCAAUGGCAAGGCCUAUGUGCAGCGCUAUUGUCAUUCCUUCCAAACACGCGACGUCUUCACCAUCUGGGGCAUCCUGCAGCUGUUCCGCCGCUACCCGGGACGCAUCCCUGACCUUGACCUCAUGUUCGACUGCGUCGAUUGGCCCAUCGUCCGCGCCAGUGACUACCGAAGGAGGAACGCGUCAGCACCGCCGCCGCUGUUCCGGUACUGCGGGGAUGAGUCUACCCUUGACAUAGUCUUCCCUGACUGGUCCUUCUGGGGUUGGGCGGAGAUCAACAUAAAGCCAUGGGAGGUGCUGAGGAGUGAGCUCAAAGAUGGGAAUGGCAGGGUGAGGUGGAUGGAUAGGGAGCCUUAUGCUUACUGGAAAGGCAACCCAGCAGUUGCCACCACCCGGCAAGACCUCCUCAGGUGUAAUGUCUCUGAAGCCCACGACUGGAACGCUCGGCUCUACGCACAGGAUUGGCUCAAAGAGAGCAGGGAAGGGUUCAAAGAAUCGGACUUGGCGAACCAAUGCAUUCAUAGGUACAAGAUCUAUAUCGAAGGUUCGGCAUGGUCGGUCAGUGAGAAGUACAUUCUAGCUUGCGACUCUCUGGCGCUACUAGUGACGCCGAAGUACUACGAUUUCUUUACAAGGGGAUUGAUGCCACUGCAGCAUUACUGGCCUAUUAGGGACGACGACAAGUGCAGAUCCAUAAAAUUCGCGGUCGACUGGGGCAAUUCUCACAAGCAAAAGGCACAAGCCAUCGGAAAGGAAGCCAGCAACUUCAUCCUCGAGAAGGUGAAGAUCGACUAUGUCUAUGACUACAUGUUCCACCUGCUGAAUGAGUACGCGAAGCUCCUUCGAUACAAGCCUACUAUACCUGAGGGAUCUGUAGAGUUGUGUGCCGAGUCCAUGGCGUGCUCUGCGAAAGGUCUGGAGAAGAAGUUCAUGACGGAAUCACUGGUGGGGUCUGCUAACGAUUCCAGCCCCUGCAUGAUGCCUCCUCCCUACAGCACGUCGGAAGUGAGAAUGAUAGCGAAGAGAAAAGCUAACGCCAUGAAGAAGGUGGAGAUGUGGGAGCAGAGAGCACGGGAGAGUCAGGAUAACAAGGUGUAGGUGAUGUUCCCCGCUGUGUUCGUAGCUGUAGAUUGCAGGUAGAAUAAGCAUCUUUUGCUAACAUGAAAUUUCCAGUCGUGAGAGCAGAAGACCAAUCAUGUCCUAACGUGGGGAAAAUACAAACUUUUCUCUUGUGAUCAAAGAUUACAUUAAUCUAACAGUUUAUCGUGUUCUUCAUCCAUGAGGAUGAAGAACACCAUAAACAGUCAUGUAACCUUCUAAUUUACAUGUAAAAGAAUGCAU